AUGUCAUUACCAUCGGCGUCCGCGAAACUGAAACAAGUUUAUUAUAUGCCUCACCAUUCUGUCGUACGCGCCGACAGUACUACGACGAAAACACGUGUAGUAUUUGACGCGUCGUGUAAAACGGACUUGGGAACGAGUUUAAAUGACAUACUAGUAAAAGGCCCAAUAAUUCAAGAUGAACUUAUUUGCAUAAUAUCAAGAUUUAGGACACACAAAUACGCCAUGCCAGCGGACAUUGAAAAAAUGUAUCGUCAGAUAUUAAUAAGCGAAGAAAAUAGGUCAUUACAAACUAUAUUAUGGCGAUCACAACCCAGCGAUAAAUUAAAAGAAUAUUGUUUAAAUACGAUAACGUACGGAACAUCACCCGCGUCAUAUUUAGCCACCGCGUGUCUCGAAAAAUUAGCGCAAGAAUGUGAAGAAAAAGCCCCGUUGGCUUCUCGGGCGAUUAAGUCCGAUUUUUACAUGGACGAUCUUUUAACGGGCGCCAACACGAUUGCAGAUGCUGUUAAUUUAAGAGAGGAGGUGAUAAACACUAUGAACAGUGCUGGAUUCGUAUUACGAAAAUGGAUAUCUAAUGAGCCCGCAUUAUAUUGA